AUGGGUCUCUCAUCCGAAAGCCGGCGGAAUCCCGCCAAUUUCUGGGGUAGCAGCAAUUUUCAUUACGACUCUUCUCAACACUUCCGUAACACUCGGGACGCCGACGGUAAUAAACUUUACCCGCACGGUGAAACUGUCUUGUUUUUCGGGUCCACAGCGGUGCCUCCGAUGAGCCGCCCUGAGGAGCACGGCCGGACCGUGGCGAUGGGGAUUGGCUCUUCGCCUCGAGCUGGAAGGACCUCCAUGUCGGUCCUCCGGUGGGUGUCGUCGGAUGUCCGCGAAUGUUCUCCACGUCCGACUGCCGAUGUUCGCUGGUACGGAGGUAUAGAGAUAACUACCUAG